AUGGAGAAAAUGUCACUCGAAACACACAACCCGCUCCGGCAAAAUGCUCCAAGCCCUCCACGCGCCGACACAUACAAAGAAGUCUCAGCGUCAUACCCGCCCCGUCCAACCUUCGAACACAGCAAGGACGAUUGCACUCUACAAGUCAGCGAUCGCGACUGCACACUUGAGUUCAGUGACCGAGACUGCAACCUGGAACUCAAUCAAUAUGCCAAUGACAAACGCACAGACAAGCAGGCUGAGGCUGGAGUCGAACCUGCGGAUGGAAACCAGGCAGAGGCGGCUGGACAACAGUCUGCAGCAGACGGGAAACAAGAUCCGGAGUCGCAGUCUGUGACAGGGACGGUCAUGCGGCGUAGAUCUCGUCGGCGGGAGUGGAUUAUCGUUGGUUCGGCUCUUGGGGCUGUUGUUCUUCUUGUUGUUAUUAUUGUGCCCUCCGCGAUCUUUGGGACCCGUCAGUCUAGGCCGCAGUAUAAGCCACCUACGAAUCCGUAUAUUUCAUGA